AUGUCUUAUAACAAGAAUUAUGGAGGACAAUUCAUGGGACUUCGUCCAAAAGAAGGAAAAGACAAUCCGAACAGAAUAUCAGAUGAUAAGCUAAAAGAAAUGUUUCAAAAAAAGGAAACAAAGGAAGCACAUAAAGUUGUUUUUAUCUUAUCAGAAUUGAGAGGAAUAAAUAUACCCGAAGUGGAAGAUGGGCAAAUUUUCUUCUUCUGUACGGUAAUAUUUGACAAUGACGAUGUGAAAAUGUCUAUGUCGAAAUCUAAUUACAACUCUUCUUUUGUCCGAGGGAAAUACAUCCUUGAGGCUUACUCACUUGAGUUUAAAGAGGAGCUUACACUAUAUAUCCCAGAAGGGGCCAAUUUCGCACGAGUAUACGUAUCAUAUUUAACCGUUCUAGAUGAAGAUGGAAAGAGAAAUAUAAAACUUGAAGGGAUAGGAUACACAGAUCCAUUUAAAUUAAAAGAAUGUCAUGUUUAUCCGUAUGCAAGGUUCAAGCUAAAUACGGCAGUUGGGGCUGACGAAACAAAAGCAACGCUCAAAAUGUGUGUCAAAUGUGUAGAAAAGUGUCAUCCUUCCGUGGUCAAGGAAACAGAAGAAUUUAAUGUCAUAGAUAAAUUUAGAGAUAUGUGUGAAAAUUAG